UCCUGUCUCAAAGGAAUAUUAAGAAAACAAAGCUAAUAAUGGUGUCUGUUUACAGUUUCAGAGAGUUUCUCAGUGAGAGACUGAGUGCUGUUGCAGAGGAAAUCUUGAGAGUCUUUGAGAAAACUGUUAGUGAGUACGAAGAAGAGAUGAACCGUCAGCGCACAUUCCUACUGAACACCGCGAAUACAUCAUCAGGAGAAAAACAGAACAGAAUAGAGUUCAUACAGCAACAUGUCUGCAAAGAGGAGGAGAAGCAGGAGGAAGAGGUUCUCACUGAGCAGCACCUCUGUAUCCAGGAGAGGAGCUCCAGUCUGGUCCAAGAGGACGCUCAGAUUAAAAAUGAACAGGAGGAUCUCUGUAUUGAUCAGGAAGAGCAGAUUAAAGUAACACAGGAGACCGAUGUCACAAUGCUGACUGUUUCUGAUGAAACUGACCACAAUACAGAUCAAAUUAUGCACUCAAAUCCUGAUGGGACUCGGUGCACAGACAAGACUCUGAACAACAUAUCAGCCAAAAGCUGCAAGUCACAAGAGCCAAACACUGACGACCAGCUUCUCUCCCUGUACUCUGGUUCAGCUGAGAGCCAAGGUGGCACAGGAGAACAGUAUGGAGACUCACUAUCAGCUAAAUUAGCAGCAAAAAACUAUCGGAAGACACCGAACUCUAAUGCUUCCUGUCAUUCUCACAAGGAUCAAAAGUCUUUACGUUGUGAAAUUUGUGGGAAAUGUUUCAAAUUUCACUCGAAGCUGAUCACCCACCUGAGUGUCCACACAGGAGUGAAGUGCUAUUCCUGUGACAUCUGCAGUAAAAGUUUUAAUAAGACAUCAACGCUGAAUGCCCAUAGAAAAAAUCAUGCUGCCAAGAGACCUCAUUCUUGCAGGACUUGUGGGAAAAGUUUCCGAACCCGGUCUGUCUUGUUGGUCCACAUGAGAAGACACACAGAGCGUAUUCCUCCAUUGAAGACGCCAGAAUCGGUGCUGGAGAGAAUUGCUGGUGACAGUUCAGAGGUAGAAGAGUUGUGUGACCUUGAUGACACCUUGGAGGAUCUCGGUUACUGUCCUCCACAGCUGGAGCCACACAGUAGCAGUACUGAACCUCCCACCCCCCUUCCCACUGAGGCCAGUGGGGGAAAGAAUUGUUUCCUUGAUGAAACAGGUGACCCCAGAAUUGCUGUUUUGCCUACUGCCACAUGUUGGACUCAACCGGUUGAAUCCGAUAGCUCAAUUGAUUAUCCUAAAGAGCCAACUCCAGCACAAAGCCUUCAAGGACAACCCAAACAAGGACAUAAUGUGCACUGGAGCGCUGCUCAGUUGACCCCUGACCUCGAACAGUGUGAGCCUGAGGAGGAAACCGGGCAAGACCGGGACGGCUGGACCUCACUGGACUAUGUAAACCAGUACAUCGACGAUGAUUUGAUGCAACUAAUUGUCGGCUGCUCCAAUGCUACGGCUCUGGCUAGAUGUGGCCACCCUCUCAACACUUCAGUGGAGGAGAUGUACCAUUUCUUUGGUGCCUCGAUUCUGAUGUCCUGCAUCCCGUACCCACAAACAAGGAUGUACUGGUCCAGCACGUUAAAGCUCCCGGCAAUCGCAGAAAGAUUCACACGCGACAGAUUUUUCAAACUAAGGCAGUCGAUAAAGGUGAUCAAUGAUGACAAUGUGUCCGAGGACAUGAGGGCAUCUGACAAAUUCUGGAAAAUACGGCCUUUUCUGGACCGCAUUUUAAAAGGCUGCAGGUCUCAGGCAAGACCCAAGUGCGUUUCUAUUGGUGAGCAGAUAAUACCAUUUACAGGAGCCUUUCCGCAUCAACAUCUGCCAGUGAAGACCAAUUCAGUCGGAAUGAAAAACUUUGUCUGUGCUUCAGCGGAAGGCAUCCUGCUUGACUAUGAAUUGUAUCAGGGGGCAGAUGCUCUGACCGCACAGACCCGGGAUCCAGGGGAACUCGGCUUGGGAGGUUUGGUCAUUGAUCGUCUGUCUGAAACUCUUCGUCCAGGCACUCAAAUGUACUGCAACCGGUUCUUUAAAUCCAUCAAAACUGUGAAUCGAAUGAAGGACAAGCAGGUGUACGUGACUCGAACGGUGCUGAAGAACCAGAUCCCUGAAGCAGGGCAGAAUGUACGGAGUGACAAAACAGUGAAGAAGAAUGGAAGAGGUACCUCAGCACAAGUUACCAGUGAAGAUGGGGAAGUUUGUGUUGUGAAGCCUUACGACAAAAAGCCAAUGCUGAUGCUGUCUGAUGCAGAGCCUGAAGACACCUGCCAGCGAAGGGACAAGAAACGGAAACGAUACGUGGCUGUCAGACGUCCAAACAUUAUCCGUAAAUACAACAACAAGAUAAGUGGCGUCGACAUCAUAGAUAGGAUGAUCAGUGACUACAGGAUGAACGGCACGACCAAGAAGUGGACGCUACGGAUACUCAUGCACUUCACAGAUGUUGCUUUAGCCAACAGCUGGCUGCUGUACCAUCAAGACCACACAGUCCACGGCACGCCAAGAAAGGCAGUCAUGCAGUUUCAUGAAUUUCGAAUGGAAGUGGCCAAGACAUUCUUGGCCCAGUUUGCCAGUGGACAGGAAGAUAUUGCAGAACUCUCGAAACAGGAAAACACCUCAGAGAAUUUGGAGCCAGACAAAAAACGUCAUGUGAAGGAAGUGCCCCACAUCUCAGUCCGCACAAGGGCGAAUGCGCAUCUUCCAGAGAUGGUGAACCUGAAAAAUUCAGCACGUUGCAGAAUGGCAGGCUGCUCCGGGAAAACUCGGGUCCGGUGUGCUACAUGCAAGGUGUUCUUGUGUUUGCAGUCGGUGCGCAACUGUUACACAGUCUUCCACAGUGGUUGAGUGUUGUCAGCUGUUCCCAUAGACAGAAACUAAUUGUUAAAGAUCUGAUAUAUGGUUUAAUUGUUGCUUGUUAGGUAGAUUUAGGUUUUUCACAUCCAGGAGUUAAGAAUCAAAAAGUGACAGUGAAAAAUGUUACACACAGUAUUCAG